GUUCAGAUCAGUUCGUUGCGAGCGCACGACUGAGCUGCCCAGUUGCCUCCACCGCUUUUCAAAGCGGUCCGCGUCGAACGAUUUUUUCUUGCGGCUCCCCGAACACACAAAAUUCCCAACAACAAAAAAACAUUAAACGCUUAUGGAAAUCUAACUGAAAUGUUUACGGCUUAACAGGCAAAAAAUACAAAUAUACUGUGCAAAGUUGAAUAUUUUGAAUGGCCCGCGGGAAGUGCUUGCAAAUGCGUCGGAAUAUCCAAUAGAUACCAAAAAUAAAGUGGCAAAAAAUACAAGUGACGUGUGUGCAGUGGUCUAUAUAAAAUAUGCAAACAUAUAUAUCGGUGUAGCCAGCAGAUCGACAUUGUAAUAACAUGGAGCUGACCAACUUUUCAAGCGGUAAGAAGAUGUCACGCGAGGAGCGACGCUACUCGGUGCCCCACGGACCCAACACUCCGCUGCCACCUGCGGCAUCCGAGGAUCUGCAUGCCUGGUCCAUCUACAGGCAAAACCUCAACUCCGACUUCACCGACUCGGCGCUGGGCUCGUCGGACAAAUCACCGCUGCCAUAUGGAAACUUCCAGCUACGCGAUACCACAGUUCAAUCAAUCUUAAAUCAUCCGCGCUACGGACCCAAAUCUCCAUUGGGCUCAAAUAUGUACACAUACUUGAAGUUCGGACUGCCGCGUGUCUUUCCGCCGAAUGCCGGAUCGCAGCGGUCGCAUCGUCCAGGUCCGGGACCUGGUCUGGGAUCGGGUCCGGGUCACGGUGGCUCCAGUGCGCUGGGCGGAGUGCGUGGCCGGGUCAACCGCGCCUUCCGCGACAGUUCGGCUGGGGCGGUGGGCGUGGCCGGAGCCGGGAGCAGUGGCUACGACAGCAGUGACAACGAGACGACCCGCAGCCGGGUGCCGCCCAAUCUGCGGAAGUACCGCAGCGAGUCGGACUUCCGAGCCAUCGGCGGCAUGCCGCACUCGCGUCCGGAGUCCCGGGCUCAGAUGGGAGGAGGCGGAGGAGGAGGUGUCCCAGUGGCCGCUUUGCGCCAGGCCAACAGCCGGGCCAGCAUUGCGGUGGGCCAGCACCACCACCACCAGAUGCAGCAACAGCAGAUGCACCAGCACCACCAGCAGUACAUGGGCAACGGGAAGCACUACGGGCACAGGUCGCACAGCGAGGCGGAUCUGCUGGGAGCGGGACUGAGCCAGGUGGACGGAGGUGGUGGCCUGGGCUAUGACUACAACGAGGCGCGGUUGUACGGCAGCUCCAGGCAGUACGGCAACGGAAAUGGUCACGGAAAUCAUCACGGACAGCCAGGCAGCCGCAAGCAGUCGGGCAUGGGUCUGAUCUACCCCAACAUCCAGGUGCACUGUCUCGAUGUGAAUCCCUGCCUGCGCGGCGUGUCCAUGCAGGCCAAGGCGGGGGACCUGUUCGCCAUCAUGGCCACGUCGCAAAGGGAGGGCAGUGCUCUGGCCGAGUGCCUGGCGGGAUUGAGUGAGCGGCUGGGCGGUGAGAUCCUCAUCAACGGGCAGCAGAUGAGCCGGCGUGGAUUGAGGGAGCUGUGCAGCUAUGUGCCCGCAUUGGAGGUCUCCUCCCUGGAUCCCCGCAUGAGUGUCCAGUGCACUCUGAACUUCCAUGCCGCGCUGCGAGGUCCGCUGGAUCGCAGCGACCUGGAGGAGCGCAUGGAUGUGCUCAUAGAGGAUCUGGGGCUGAACACGGUGCGUGCCUCCAAUGUGUCCACUCUAACCCACUCGGAGAAGCAGCGCUUGAGUGUGGCCUGCCAGCUGCUGGCCCAGUCCUCGCUGCUGAUCCUCGAUCAGGUGACCAGCAACAUGGACAUCUUCGACACCUUCUUCCUGGUCGAGUACCUGCGGCAGUGGUGCAGCGGCGGGCGCAUCGUCAUCAUGACCCUCCAGCCGCCCACCUUCGAGAUCCUGUCCAUGUGCUCCGGCGUGCUGCUGCUCUCCGGCGGCAGGACCGUCUUCUCCGGCAGUCGGGCCGACCUGCCGCGGCACAUGGGCGAGCUGGGCUAUCCGUGCCCGCCCUUCAAGAACCCGGCGGACUACUACUUGGACCUGGUGACUUUGGAUGACCUUUCGGCGGCCGCCAUGCUAGAGUCCUCGGCCCGCAUUGAAUCGCUGGCCAAUGCCUGGGACCAGAUCAACUCGGAGCCCCCACUGGCCGCCCCGCCCGCCUCGCUGCCCAACUUCACGCUAAAGGCAGGCUUCUUUGGCCAGAUCAGCGCCCUGAUCAAACGCUUUGCCGGCUACAAGCAGCCGGGAUCCCUGCUCACCUGGAUCAGCAAGCUCAUCGCAGCAGCGGUGCUGUCCCUGUGCAUCGGCUGCAUCUUCUGGGACGUGCCCGCCUCCGAUCCGCAGCUGAGUUACCACGAUCGGCUGGGCUACCACCACUGCGUCAUGGUGCUGGUGUACUGGCCACUGGUGAUGCUCACCAUCCGGGACACGCAAGAGGAUCGCCGCCAUGCGGAAAGGGACAUCCGCCUGGGACUGUACACCAGGAGUCUCUACAUCAUUGUGCAGAGUCUUCUGGGCCUGUUCCCCAGCCUUUGUAUCUGGCUGGCCUAUCUGUUGCCGGCCCACAGCAUGGCAGGACUUUACACCUACUCGAACAGCAGCGAUACGGGCAUAUACUUGUACAUGGGCUACAUGCUGCUCUACUUGACGCUCAUCCAGACACUGGCCCUGUUCUGUGCCCACCUGCUGCCCUGCAAGGUCUCGGCCAGCCUGGUUAAUGGACUGACCAGCCUGGCAGUGGCGGCGGUGGGCGGCUACCUGGUGCAUCCCCAGAACCUGGCCCAGUUCUGGUCCUGGCUGCAGUUCGUCUCGCCGGAACGGUGGCUCCUGCCCGUCCUGGUGCAGGAUGAGUACAGUGCCGAGACGUUGUCCAACUCCGCCGGACUGCAGUUGUGCCGCAACAAGCAGGUGCAGCACCAGGAGAUCAUUGUGCAGCAGCCCUGCCCGCCGCCCAACGGCACCCAAGUGCUAGUCGACUUCGAGCUGCUGCCCCAGCAGCACGUGCUGGACCCCACUCCCAGCUACGACCAGACCACCUCGGUGGCCCUGGUCCUGGCCUCGGUGCUCGUCUUCUGCGCCACCUUCAUCGUCUUUUUGUGCAAUUGUCGCAGGGCCUGUCGGAGGCAGCGCAGCCGAUAGGCUGCGUCCGCGGCCAGGAGCUGGCCAGGAUCUGCAACACGGAUGUCCCAUGGUCCAGGCUCCCGAACUGUACAUUCCAUAGAAACUAGUUCUUGAAAUAAAUAGUGUUUAGUCGAUGCAGCGUUCGUUUAACUAACUAAA